GCUCCCUGCCGGGCGGGGGCCCGAGGAGGAGGCGGCGCGGGGGGAGGGGAGGGGAGGAGGGAGGGGAGGGGAGAGGAGGGGAGGGGAGGGGAGGGGAGAGGGCGGGCGCGCCGAAGACGCUCCGAGAGCCCGUGCGUUUCGUAAGGCGCCGAGCGAGCGAGACCGGCGAGCGAGCACUUGUGCGGCGUGCGGGCGGGCGGGCGCGGCGAGCCUUCCUCCCGGCGCCGCGGCCCCAGCUCCGCCGCCCCCCGCGCCGCCGCCCCCCGCCCCGCAGCCCCGCAGCCCCGCAGCCCCGCAGCCCCGGCACGGCCGCGCGGGCGCGUGUGUGUUGCAGCGCCCGAGGCCACCCUGCAAAGUCGCCGAGCCGGAGAGAGCGCCGCCCGCCGCCCCAGCCCGGCCCGGCCCGGCCGGAACCCGCCGGCCACCAUGCCCGCAGGCCCGAGCCCCUAGGCGGCCGCCCGCGAUGGUGCCCGCGGCCCGGGGAGCUCGAGGCUGAUCGCUCGGCGCUUCAGAAGCUGCGGCCCCCUCCCCCUUCCCCCCUCCCUCGCCGUCUUUGUCUCCUUCCCCCCCCCGCCCCCCACCAGCUCUCCCCACUCCCCCACCCCACCCCCUCGCCUCUCCUCCUCUCUCGUAGAAGCAGCGGUCGGAGAUGGAUGUCUCUCUUUGCCCGGCCAAGUGUAGUUUCUGGCGGAUUUUCUUGCUGGGAAGCGUCUGGCUGGACUAUGCGUGCUCGGUGCUGGCCUGCCCGGCCAAUUGUGUCUGCAGCAAAACGGACAUCAGCUGCCGGCGGCCGGACGAUGGCAAUCUCUUCCCGCUGCUGGAGGGCCAGGACCCGGCGGCGGGCGGCGGCAACGCCAGCCUCAACAUCACCGACCUCUCCCGCAACAUCACUUCCAUACACAUAGAGAACUGGCGCGGCCUGCACACACUCAACGCCGUGGACAUGGAGCUCUACACCGGCCUCCAGAAGCUGACCAUUAAGAACUCAGGACUACGGAGCAUCCAGCCCAGGGCCUUUGCCAAGAACCCCCACCUGCGCUACAUAAACCUGUCGAGUAACCGGCUCACCACACUGUCCUGGCAGCUGUUCCAGACGCUGAGCCUCCGAGAACUGAGACUGGAGCAGAACUUCUUCAACUGCAGCUGUGACAUCCGCUGGAUGCAGCUGUGGCAGGAGCAGGGGGAGGCCCGGCUCAACAGCCAGAACCUUUACUGCGUCGGCACCGAUGGCUCCCAGCUGCCCCUGCUGAGCAUGAACAUCAGCCAGUGUGACCUCCCCGAGAUCAGCGUGAGCCACGUCAACCUGACGGUACGAGAAGGGGACAACGCCGUCAUCACCUGCAACGGCUCGGGGUCCCCGCUGCCUGACGUUGACUGGAUGGUGUCGGGGCUGCAGUCCAUCAACACGCACCAGACCAAUCUGAACUGGACCAACGUGCACGCCAUCAACCUGACUCUGGUGAACGUGACAAGUGAGGACAACGGCUUCACGCUGACCUGCAUCGCGGAGAACGUGGUGGGCAUGAGCAACGCCAGCGUGGCUCUCACCGUCCACUACCCCCCUCGCGUGCUGAGCCUGGAGGAGCCGGAGGCAAGGCUGGAGCACUGCAUCGAGUUUGUGGUCCGUGGGAACCCGCCCCCCACGCUGCACUGGCUGCACAACGGACAGCCGCUGCGGGAGUCCAAGAUUAUCCACGUGGACUUCUACCAGGAGGGCGAGCUCUCCGAGGGCUGCCUGCUCUUCGAUAAGCCCACACACUACAACAACGGCAACUACACGCUGGUGGCCAAGAACCCGCUGGGCACCGCCAGCCAGACCAUCAACGGGCACUUCCUCAAGGAGCCCUUUCCCGAGAGCACGGAGAACUUUGUCUCUUUCUACGAAGUGAGCCCCACCCCUAUCACUGUGACCCUCAAGCCGGAGGAGGACACUUUUGGGGUGUCCAUAGCUGUGGGGUUGGCUGCCUUCGCCUGUGUGCUGCUGGUGGUCCUCUUCAUCGUGAUCAACAAGUAUGGCCGACGCUCCAAGUUCGGGAUGAAGGGCCCCGUGGCGGUCAUCAGCGGCGAGGAGGACUCGGCCAGCCCCCUGCACCACAUCAACCACGGCAUCACCACGCCCUCGACGCUGGACACCGGCCCGGACACCGUGGUCAUCGGCAUGACCAGGAUCCCCGUCAUCGAGAACCCCCAGUACUUCCGCCAGGGCCACAACUGUCACAAGCCGGACACGUACGUGCAGCACAUCAAGAGGAGGGACAUCGUGCUCAAGCGGGAGCUGGGCGAGGGCGCCUUUGGCAAGGUCUUCCUGGCCGAGUGCUACAACCUCAGCCCCACCAAGGACAAGAUGCUGGUGGCCGUGAAGGCCCUCAAGGACCCCACGCUGGCCGCCCGGAAGGACUUCCAGAGGGAGGCAGAGCUGCUCACCAACCUGCAGCAUGAGCACAUCGUCAAGUUCUACGGGGUGUGUGGUGACGGCGACCCUCUCAUCAUGGUCUUCGAGUACAUGAAGCACGGGGACCUCAACAAGUUUCUCAGGGCCCACGGGCCAGACGCCAUGAUCCUGGUGGACGGGCAGCCGCGCCAAGCCAAGGGCGAGCUGGGGCUCUCACAGAUGCUGCACAUUGCCAGCCAGAUCGCCUCGGGCAUGGUGUACCUGGCCUCCCAGCACUUCGUGCACCGUGACCUGGCCACCCGUAACUGCCUGGUGGGGGCCAACCUGCUGGUGAAGAUCGGCGACUUCGGCAUGUCCAGGGACGUCUACAGCACCGACUACUACCGGGGAGGGCCCCGGCAUAAAGGCCCGUUCGGCGUGUCCUGGCAGUGGCAGAGUCUCACCGCACCGGCGCCUCCCGCACUCUUUAAUCCAUCUGGAAAUGAUUUUUGUAUAUGGUGUGAGGUGGGAGGACACACCAUGCUGCCCAUACGCUGGAUGCCACCCGAGAGCAUCAUGUACCGCAAGUUCACCACCGAGAGUGACGUGUGGAGCUUCGGGGUGAUCCUCUGGGAGAUCUUCACCUAUGGGAAGCAGCCUUGGUUCCAGCUUUCCAAUACAGAGGUCAUAGAGUGCAUCACCCAAGGGCGUGUGCUGGAGAGGCCCCGGGUGUGCCCCAAGGAGGUCUAUGACGUCAUGCUGGGGUGCUGGCAGCGGGAGCCCCAGCAGAGGCUGAACAUCAAGGAGAUCUACAAGAUUCUUCACACCCUGGGCAAGGCCACCCCCAUCUACCUGGACAUUCUGGGCUAGUGGCCAGGCCCCGGCACACGCGGCGUCCCCUCCCCGGCCUCUCCGCCCUCCCCCCACGCUCCCCAUCCCGGACUAGACAGACAUCUUCACACAAACUCAAGUGCCUGCUACAGAUACAACACUGAAAAAAAAAAAGAGAGAGAGAGAGAGAGACAGAACCUUGUAAGGCAGUUUGGUGCAUAUACACACACAUUUAUAUGCACUUACAUAUUUAUAUAUCUAACUAUCUAUCUAUUUCUGAAGAGAGGGGCUCCUGCUCUACUGCAGAGAGGCUGCUGAGGCUGGGACGGCCGCUCUGGGAGGCCCAUGCUCCUCCGGCUCUGGGUUUGAGAGCCCAGCAGGUUGGGGAGAGGGCCCCGGAGGCACCUGGUGGCCCUGAGGCCUGUACCCCCGCAUGAGCGGUCCCCCCGGCUCUGCUCUGGCUCAGGAACGGACGGCACCCACCCAAGGCAACGGCAAGAAAGAGCAGCAGCCCCGGGCCCUGGGCCGGCCUCACGCCUCCCUGGCCAUGACGUCCAUAGCUUCUCCCUGCCCUCCACAUCGAGGCCAUGUUCCCAUCCUUCUUGAUGCUUCCGGGGGUGGGGGGGGGAUGAGAGACAGCACCUCCAUGUUACACAGGACAAGCUACCAGAAUGCCCACAGAGGAAGUCCAGACCAUGGUGCCUACACCCCCUGAGGGUGGGGCCACCCCUCCCCAAGUUCACUGCCCGCAGACCCGGAGGACUGGAUUCUGGACCACAGGACCCCCAGAGCAACAGCCAAGCCACCGUCUCCCGCCGUCUGUGCAUCCCCGGAAACACCUCAGUCCAUCACCUGCAAAAUUCAGGCCUUUGGGAAGCUGGGGGGACACGGGAAGGCAGGAGCUGACCCCAACGACAGAGGGAUCCUACAGCAGGAAACACCCCCCCCCGGGGGCCCUCACCUCUCAUCCUUGCACCCCCUCAAUCCUGAGGCCUCUGCUGGUCUCUGUGGAGAGAACAGGCCCAUGAGCGACUGGGUGGUCCUGUGGGCACCUGCACUGGCCCUUGGCCUUGGGUUCAUGUCAGGAUGGGGCACCUGCCUUUAGCCACGUGAGGACGCAGGGGUGAGGGCACCGGGGCCACAGGCUGCUGAGGUCAGAGCAUGGCGUGAGGGGGAGGCCUCAGGUGCAGCUAGCUCCCUCUGCCACCCCCUGCCUGCCCGCCCACCUGCCUUCUGGCUGCUUCUGCCAAGGACAGUCUGGACAGAUGUCUGAGCUGGAGCCUGCCCCGAGCCCGGCUCUCCAGCCCUCCUGCUGUGGGGAGGAGCCCCCACCCCACCCCUCAACUUGAGCACACCUUGAGGCCACCUUGCAGCCUGGAGCUGAGGGGAGAGACCAGACUCUGCACUGGGUUUUGCUUCUGGAUUUUCUAUUUUGAACAACUCCUGUUUUUAUUCCACUGGAGCAGAGCCCUGCGUUGGGGCCAGCGCUCCCUGGGUGUGUGUGUGUGUGUGUGUGUGUGUGUGUGUGUGUGUGUGUGUGUGUGUGUGUGUAUGGGGGGGGUCUGAGAUCUGAGGACAGGUUGGAGGGGGCUCCUGGCGGUGAGCUCUCUGCACUGCACCCUCCCCUGGAUCCUGGCUGCCCUAACUCCUCCCUCUUGGGCUCAGCUCCCCCCCCCCCCACUCUGAGGGCCUGGCUGCAGGUGGCUUCCCAUGGUCUCCCAUGGCCCUGCUCUGAGCUGGAGAAGAGGUCCUGGUGCUGAUGGAGGGAGGGAGUAGGGGCUCUGGGGAGGCCUCCUGGGGUUCCCCAGAGGGAGGUCCCCAGGGUCUCUCCCAUUCCUGUCAUUUUGCCUUGUCCCCCAAAUAGACACUGUGUGGCUUCCGU